GAGACGCAGCGGGCGAUGACGUAAGGGACGUGCCCUCUAUAUGAGGUUGGGGAGCGCCCCAGUCGGCCUUUUCCGCCCGCUCCCCCCUCCCCUUGAGCGCUGCUUCGGCUGCACCGCGCUCGUUCGGAGCUCCGAGGCCAGCGCCGCUGUACCCAGCCACCGUCAUGAUCAUCUACCGGGACAUCAUCAGCCGUGACGAGCUGUUCUCCGACAUCUACAAGAUCCGGGAGAUCGCGAACGGGCUGUGCCUCGAGGUGGAGGGCAAGAUGGUCAGCAGGACAGAGGGUAGCAUCGAUGACUCGCUCAUUGGUGGAAAUGCUUCCGCUGAAGGCCCGGAGGGCGAAGGAACCGAAAGCACAGUAGUCACCGGUGUUGACAUUGUUAUGAACCAUCACUUACAGGAAACUAGCUUCACAAAAGAGGCCUACAAGAAGUACAUCAAAGAUUACAUGAAAUCACUCAAAGGCAAACUUGAAGAACAGAAACCAGACAGAGUAAAGCCCUUUAUGACUGGGGCUGCAGAACAAAUCAAGCACAUCCUUGCAAAUUUCAAUAACUACCAGUUUUUUAUUGGUGAAAACAUGAAUCCAGAUGGCAUGGUUGCUCUCCUGGACUACCGUGAGGAUGGUGUGACUCCAUAUAUGAUUUUCUUUAAGGAUGGUUUAGAAAUGGAAAAAUGUUAACAAAUUGGACAAUUUGGAUCUGUCACCUUGUCAUCACAAUUGGCUGCUGCUUGUCAUCCAUACAACACCAGGACUUAAGACAAAUGGGACUGAUGUCAUCUUGAGCUCUUUUAUUUUGACCGUGAUUUAUUUGGAGUGGAAGCAUUGUUUUUUAAGAAAAACAUGUCGUGUAGGUUGUCUAAAAAUAAAGUGCAUUUGAAUUCA